GCGCCGGCGCUCGCGCUCCGCCGUGCUGCCAGGAACCUGCGCGCGGCCGCGGCGGCGUUUCCCCGGGGCGCGUCGGCGGGCGGACCGCGGCGGGGCGGAAGUGGUGCGGCCCCGAGCGGAGGCCGUGGGGUUGGCAGGCUGGAGGCGGCGGGCGAGCGCGGCGCGGGCGGCCCGCGGGGCCCGGGGGAGCGGGCGGCUGGGCCCGGCCCGGGGGAGCGCGGCGGGGAUGCGGCGCCGGGCCGUGCGGGGGUCGCGGCCAUGUUCGCGGGGCUGCAGGACCUGGGUGUGGCCAAUGGUGAGGAUCUCAAGGAGACGCUGACCAACUGCACCGAGCCGCUCAAGGCCAUCGAGCAGUUCCAGACGGAGAACGGCGUGCUGCUGCCCUCGCUGCAGUCAGCGCUGCCCUUCCUGGACCUGCACGGGACCCCGCGGCUGGAGUUCCACCAGUCGGUGUUCGACGAGCUGCGGGACAAGCUGCUGGAGCGCGUGUCUGCCAUCGCGUCGGAGGGCAAGGCGGAGGAGAGGUCCAGGAAGCUGGAGGAGCUGCUGGAGAAGAGCUUCUCGCUGGUCAAGAUGCCCUCGUUGCAGCCCGUGGUGAUGUGCGUCCUCAAGCACCUGCCCAAGGUCCCCGAAAAGAAGCUGAAGCUUGUAAUGGCCGACAAGGAGCUGUACCGCGCGUGCGCCGUGGAGGUGAAGCGGCAGAUCUGGCAGGACAACCAGGCGCUCUUUGGGGAUGAGGUGUCGCCUCUGCUGAAGCAGUACAUCCUGGAGAAGGAGAGCGCACUCUUCAGCGAGGGGCUCUCUGUGCUGCACAACUUCUUCAGCCCCUCGCCCAAGGCGCGGCGGCAGGGCGAGGUGGUGCAGAAGUUGACGCAGAUGGUGGGGCGCAACGUGAAGCUGUAUGACAUGGUGCUGCAGUUCCUGCGCACGCUCUUCCUGCGCACGCGCAACGUGCACUACUGCACCCUGCGUGCCGAGCUGCUCAUGUCCCUGCAUGACCUGGACGUGGGUGACAUCUGUACCGUGGACCCCUGCCACAAGUUCACCUGGUGCCUGGAUGCUUGUAUCCGUGAGCGCUUUGUGGACGGCAAGAGAGCGCGGGAACUGCAGGGCUUCCUGGAUGGCGUGAAGAAGGGCCAGGAGCAGGUCCUGGGGGACUUGUCCAUGAUCCUGUGUGACCCCUUCGCCAUCAACACGCUCUCUCUCAGCACCAUCCGGCACCUGCAGGAGCUAGUGGGUCAGGAGACCCUGCCCAGGGACAGUCCUGACCUGCUGCUGCUGCUGCGCCUGCUGGCCCUAGGCCAGGGCGCCUGGGACAUGAUCGACAGCCAGGUCUUCAAGGAGCCCAAGAUGGAGGCGGAGCUUGUCACCCGCUUCCUCCCCAUGCUCAUGUCCUUGGUGGUGGAUGACCACACCUUCAGCGUGGACCAGAAGCUCCCUGCCGAGGAGAAGGCCGCGGCCACCUACCCCAACACACUGCCAGCCAGCUUCACCAAGUUCCUGCAGGAGCAGCGCACGGCCUGCGAGGUGGGGCUCUACUACGUCCUGCACAUCACAAAGCAGAGGAACAAGAACGCGCUGCUGCGUCUGCUGCCCGGCCUGGUGGACACGUUUGGGGACUUGGCAUUCAGUGACAUCUUUCUGCACCUGCUCACGGGGAACCUGGCGCUGCUGGCGGAUGAGUUUGCCCUGGAGGAUUUCUGCAGCAGUCUGUUCGACGGCUUCCUUUUGACAGCAUCACCCAGGAGGGAGAAUGUACAGCGGCACGUGCUGCGCCUGCUGCUGCACCUGCACCCCAGGGUGGCUCCGGCCAAGCUCGAGGCACUGCAGAAGGCCCUGGAGCCCACAGGCCAGAGUGGAGAGGCGGUGAAAGAGCUCUACUCACAGCUUGGCGAGAAGUUGGAGCAGCUGGAUCAGCGCAAGAGCAGCCCCGCACAGGCCCCGGAGACACCAGCUGCCCUGGAGCUGCCCCUGCCCCACGGGCCUGCCCCCACUGGGCUCUGAGGUUGGGUCCUCCCUGGCCCGGCCUGUGCGUACUCCUAGGAGGGUAGGGGCUGGGAGCACUUCCUGUUCCCGGAGGCGGGGCUG